CGAUGUGCGCCAUCUUGGGCAGAAAUAAAAUCACGGGGGCAAUUUUGCCUGCACCGAUUCGAGACUCAAAUCAGAUGUGCGUUUGAAUAAUCGCGCUGCAGUUUAACGGUAACAGAGGCGGUGAUAUUCGGAAUAGUAAUCGGACCCGGCGCAGAGCUAAAGCGAUGGCAGGGGUCGGUGGAGGGAAUGACUUCCAGUGGUGUUUUUCUCAGGUGAAGGGAGCAGUGGAUGAAGACGUGGCUGAAGCUGAUAUUAUCUCAACUGUUGAAUUUAAUUACUCUGGUGAAUUACUAGCGACGGGAGACAAGGGAGGAAGAGUUGUCAUAUUUCAACGAGAACAAGAGAGUAAAAACCGACCCCUCUCAAGAGGAGAAUACAACGUGUACAGCACCUUUCAAAGCCAUGAACCUGAAUUUGACUAUUUGAAAAGUUUAGAAAUUGAAGAGAAAAUCAAUAAAAUUAGAUGGCUGCCUCAACAGAAUGCUGCUCACUUUCUGCUCUCCACCAAUGAUAAAACCAUCAAGUUGUGGAAGAUUAGUGAACGGGAUAAACGGGCAGAAGGUUAUAACUUGAAAGAUGAAGAUGGGCGGCUUCUAGAUCCGUUCAGAAUCACAACACUGAGGGUACCGGUUUUGAUGCCCAUGGACCUAAUGGUGGAAGCGAGUCCACGCAGAAUAUUCGCAAAUGCACACACAUAUCACAUCAACUCCAUUUCAGUAAAUAGUGAUCAUGAAACAUACCUUUCUGCAGAUGACCUAAGAAUAAACCUAUGGCACUUAGAAAUCACAGAUAGAAGUUUUAAUAUUGUAGAUAUAAAGCCUGCCAACAUGGAGGAGCUGACGGAGGUGAUAACGGCUGCCGAGUGCCACCCUCACCAAUGCAACGUCUUCGUCUACAGCAGCAGCAAGGGAACCAUCCGCCUGUGUGACAUGCGGGCAGCAGCUCUCUGCGAUAGACAUUGCAAAUUUUUUGAGGAACCUGAGGAUCCAGGCAGCCGGUCGUUCUUUUCAGAAAUCAUCUCCUCUAUAUCUGACGUGAAGUUCAGCCACAGCGGCCGAUACAUGAUGACACGAGACUACCUGUCUGUGAAGGUGUGGGACCUUAACAUGGAGAACCGGCCAGUAGAGACCUACCAGGUACACGAAUACCUUCGUAGCAAGCUGUGCUCGCUGUAUGAGAAUGACUGCAUUUUUGACAAGUUUGAGUGCUGCUGGAACGGAUCGGACAGUGCCAUCAUGACCGGCUCGUACAACAACUUCUUCAGGAUGUUCGACAGGAACACACGGCGUGACAUCACGCUGGAGGCGUCACGCGAGAACAGCAAACCCCGGGCCAUGCUCAAACCCCGCCGGGUGUGCACCGGUGGCAAGAGGAAGAAGGACGAGAUCAGUGUGGACAGCCUGGACUUCAACAAGAAGAUCCUGCACACAGCCUGGCACCCCAAAGAGAACAUCAUAGCUGUGGCCGCCACCAACAAUCUGUAUAUAUUCCAGGACAAAAUGAACUAACCAAGAGCACUGGAGGGAAAACGAGAGGAAACUGAAAUUAAAUACGUCCCUACUUUAUUCCCCGGCACAGGACGGAGAAGAUGUGAGAAAUCCUAGUCAUAGCCUAGUCCUCAAAGAGAAGCUGCAGCCUUGUCGCUCCUCCUGAUGGAUGAAUUGACGCACUCUUUAAAAAUAUAUACACAGGGAAACAAACGAGAGACCAUGCGUUUCUUUGACUAACACCUCAACACCCCAACACUUUGUUCCCUUAAACCAGGAGAAGGCCGACCCCAUCCUUAGCCACCCUUUUUCUGAGCAGAAACGACUAAACAGAGAGGCCAAAUCGACUUUUUAGCACUUCCAAAAGUGGUUUUCUUUCAGUGUAAGCCUUAGAUUCUUGCAAAUUGUCAACCCCAGAUUGCGGAAAACACCCAGCGGAAGCGCACACUCAUCCUGGCGCGUUCAUCUCUGUUGUCUGGAACCCUUCCAGAAAUGUGACGUUUUUGCUUGUUGAUGCCUGUCAACAUUCCUCCCCCUGGCCUUCUUCACAGGCCUCGGUGUUUUACCUUUUAAGCACUUAUUACAGGUCUUCAUUCUGGUCAAUGGACAGAUUUUUGAUUUUUUAUUAUUUUUUUUUUCCUUUUUCCUUUUUGUUGUUAUCUCAUUAACAUCUACCUACUGACUGUGUCUAUAUAUAACCACACCGUCUGGUGUUAAACCACUUAAUAAAAGUAACAAAACUACAAA